UGCAUCGCUUGUCUGUUCAUCCCUAAUUCUCUAGUAAAAUCCCAUCGAAUUCUCCAGGAAGAAGCCUGAUUUCGAUUUCUUUAAGCGAAUUCUCGAGGAAGAAGAGCGAUUUGUAUCUUGGAUUUGUUGUAUUCCGCGAGCUAGUUCAUCUGACUUAUAGAUUCUACAGCGAGGAGCUAGAAGAGUAGGAGUGGAGGAAGAAGAAAGUCAGGGAUUCACUAGAUCUCUUCUUUGUUUGCCCUAAUUUUGUCAUCAGAGGUUGGAUUUGUGAUGGCAUUAACUGCAGAAUCGCAGUUCCAUGUCCUGGCUGUGGAUGACAGCCUCAUUGAUAGAAAACUCAUUGAGAGGCUUCUCAAGAUCUCGUCCUUCCUAGUGACCACAGUUGAUUCUGGAAGCAAGGCUUUGAAGUAUCUGGGUUUGGGAGAGGACGAUGGAAGUGCAGCUCCCUCUUCUUCUGAACAGCUUGAGGCUGAGGUGAAUAUGGUGAUUACAGACUACUGUAUGCCUGAAAUGACUGGUUAUGAUCUGCUGAAGAAAAUUAAGGAAUCAUCAUCUUUGAAGAACAUACCAGUUGUCAUAAUGUCAUCUGAGAAUGUGCCUGCCAGGAUUAACAG